AUGUCCACGUUCUUUUAUUUCAAAGGGAUAAAGGCAGAAGAAAGAGGCGGAUUGCUGUAUUUCAUCAAGAGGAAAACCUCUUCGUUUAAAUACCUUGUCGAAUUUGCCUUAUUUCCCUUGAGUUCUUCAAGUACUUCUUCAUUUCAUAAUUUAACAAGUCAAGAUGUAAUCGGACGAUUGUUUAUUAAUGGUUUUUUAUGGAGAAAGAUUGCUCCGUUUCAUGUUGAAUAUCAAGAAAAUGAUGUCAGUUGGAGAGUGAGGUUUGAAAUUGGUAGUGAAGCAACAAUUUAUGAAUUGUGUUGGGAUGAUCCGUCCAUUGUUUUGUGUCGUUUUUUAGUGGACAGCAACAAAGACGACAAUAUCACUGAACCACUAUUAGAAAUGUGUGAAUUAUUGAAAAAGAUUAUAUUCAUAAUCGACCAAUAUCCAGAACUCUGCAUGUUUGUUGGUGAUUUUAGAAGGUAUAUGCCCACAAGUUUGGCUUGGUAUGUUUCUUCAUUGUUGAAUGGAGAUGUUGAGUUUGCAAAGAAACUGAGCUUGAUAGAUGUGAAACAGAGUUAUGAUAAUUUACCUAGUUUAGAAAAUUGUAUUUCAUCACUAUUAGAAUAUUUAAAGGAGGGAAAUUCUGAAAAGAUUUGUCAGAUAAGCCAAAAGUUUACUACUGAACUUGAAACAAAAUUGAGUGAAAUGAAUUUGGGACUAAAGAGAGUCACCUUAUUUGAAAAAACGAAAGAAUGUGGUUUUUUGGCCUUGUGUCGUCUUGCUUAUAACGGAAACCAGAGUGCUAUGGAUUUGUGUAAUAGAUUUCUGGUAAAAUUAAUUGGAAGAGAGGAUAUUAGUCUGAUUUCUAAUCUUGCCUUAACAAAUUUAAGUGAUUGUUUUAAUUCCAAAGAUGUCUAUUCGAAUAUCAUGCGCUUUCUUGGUGAAUUAAGCAUUAUCAAUCAAAAUAAGGAAAACCUAUUUGAUGAAUCAGAGAGAGAACUGAUACACAACGAAAUUUCCAAUGUACUUUCGUCAAUGACAUGUUUUUCCUUGUUUCUUCCUCUGUACGAUAACAACUAUGAAGAAUCCAAUUAUUGUAACGACUCUGCUUUGUCCACUUUUGAUAAUUUGCGUCUUUCUCGUAUAGCAACCUCUCCCAGUCAAAUCGGGCAUGGAAUAUCUUGUGAACUAUUUUUCAAUGCCACAAUUCUAUCAAAGAAAGGAAGUACGAUUUGUAAUGAAUUUUUCCAAUAUUUUGUUGGAAACAUGAAACAAUCGACAAUUCAUUCACUUUGUUGGGCUUGUAAUUCUCAAUUACCUAUUUCCACAAUUUUCCAAAUCUACACAUUCUUACAGAAACGAGACGAUAUUGACUGGUAUUCACCAUGGAUAGCAAGGAAACACAUUACAGGAAUUCAAGGAUUUCUUGCACAAGAUAAACAGCGUGGAUUUGCAGAGCUCGUACAACUUUCCAAAUCGUGUUCCUUUUUAUCGAGAAAAGAAGUCUUAAUAUCAUUGGGACAAUUAUACAUGAGGGGUGAAUGUGGAAUUCCUGUUGAUUAUGAGAAGGCAUUAUUUUGGUGCUCUAAAUUUCCAACUUGGUUUGGCUGGAUAAAAGGUGAUGCCAAAACUUAUCUAGAAUCGAUGGGAACUACAAUUGAGCAUGACGAUGAUGAAUAUUUUAUGAAUUCAAUUUAA